UGACUGCAACUAGCCAUGAAUUUUAAAAAUGGUCGCUGUCCAUCGCUGUUUGGUUGCUUUACACGGUACACUGCAGAACAAACCAUAACAGACCUUCAGACCGAUCUUCAAGCUUAGAUGAGUAUGAGGUAACCAUGAUGAAGUACUACGCGAUGCGUUUCUACAUCCAACCCGCCGCAGCUCUGUGAAAUGACCUCCAAUCCGUAACAUGCACAGUUUCAAAAUUCUAGAAAUGAAACCAUCGAAGGAGCAAUUCUCGAAGAGUGGAAGGGAAACCGAGCAUGACAGAAACACUGACGUCAUCAUUAGAUCAUUUCAAUCACGUGACAGUGCUAUGGUUCGCAAGAUCUUUACACAAAGCAUGGGGGAAAUGCGAGGACCCUUUGUUCGUGACGUCAUGUACCAAGCUCUGCUUUAUGGAUUAUGUUUGUUGUUUCCCGCAGUCCUUUUAAAUUUCAUAUGGUCCGCUUGGUCUUUACCAAUUUAUCUCUUAGUUUUAUUCGUUUUAUUGGUUGCCUUGUUCGCAGGACUGCAUAUUGGGUUCUCAAGGUACAUUCGAAGCUGCUUACAAAACGAUCUAGACAAUGUAAAUAGUGUUUAUUUAGGCCAGAAAGGGUCCCAUAUGUGGGUGGCUGAACUCAACGGUAAAAUUAUUGGCAUGGUUGCUCUUGUUCCUGGAAGAGACCACGAAGAUAGUUUCGGGAAGCAUCGGGACGCCGUCGGUAGACUUCGGAGAAUGGCUGUUUUGCCCGAGUUUCGUCGACUUGGUGUGGCUAAGAAAUUAUUGAAAGUACUUUUGAGUCACGCAAAGGAGAUAGGAUAUAAACAAAUUGUUCUUUUGACAACUAGCGCUCAGGAGGCGGCACUUAAAUUUUACCCAAAGAAUGGAUUUUACUUGGUGUCAAAAAGGCUAGCUAACGUAGCCCUUAGAGGAUUUUAUCACUAUGAUUACUGUUACGAUCUUGAAAGUCGAAGUAAAAUCCAUGCGAAGGUGCAGUAACUCCUUUGACUCUCAUUUUUAAACUUUGUUGAACGAAGAAGAGGCAUGGCUACCUUCCCAUCUGUUUCCCGUGAAAUUUUUAG